UGAAAAUGCAUUUAAAAAAAAAAGUGAAAAUAAAAUUAAAUCGACCCAACUGAUUUUCUGCGGCCCAAAAUCGCCCGAGGCAUCAUCUUCCACCUCGUUUAUUCCGCUGGUAAACGGUAAUCUUCUUCACCCCCAAAUUUUUCCAACAAUGUCCCUCGCCAUUUUCUCCUCAGCUCCGGCUACCUGCCUUCACCACUCACACUCUCAUGGGAAAACCCAUUCAAUUGUCAAACCUCUUCAUCCCCCUUUGGGCCCCUCUAAAAAGCUUGGGUUUCAGCUGUGUGUGAGCUCUGACAAUGGCUCCGGCGUCUCUGCCACCGUGGAGACUUCUCCGGUUGCUGAGGAUACCGUUGGCUCGAACGGGUCGGCCUCGGACCCGUUGCCGGAGCCCGUGACGAGCUUUCGAGACCCGCGAUGGGUGGGAGGGACGUGGGACCUGAAGCAGUUUGCCAAAAAUGGCAGUACGGAUUGGGAUGCCGUGAUUGAUGCAGAAGUAAAGAGGAGGAAGUGGAUGGAAGACAAUCCACAGUCAUCGAGCAAUGAAGACCCCGUAAUAUUCGACACCUCCAUUGUUCCUUGGUGGGCAUGGAUGAAAAGGUUUCAUCUUCCCGAAGCCGAGCUGCUUAAUGGACGUGCAGCGAUGAUCGGAUUCUUCAUGGCCUAUUUCGUGGACAGUUUGACCGGCGUUGGGCUGGUUGACCAAAUGGGCAACUUCUUCUGUAAAACCCUAUUAUUCGUAGCCGUGGCAGGCGUACUCCUUGUGAGAAAGAACGAGGAUGUCGAGACGCUCAAGAAGCUGUUGGAGGAGACGACGUUUUACGACAAGCAGUGGCAAGCGACGUGGCAAGAGGAGCCGAAGGCCCCAAGUGGGUCCAGAAAGACUUUAGAUUGAUUAAUUGUAAGGGGGCUGUGUGUUAGGGACUGUCCUGCAAAGAUUUUCCUGCUCUAAUCGAAGAUAUUUCUGUAUGGGGUUGCUU